AUGGAAGAGCAUCAUGUCUACCACCAUCAUCACCAUCAUUACCACUACCAUUACACCUACCCUUUCCCGCCUGGUCUACCUCCAAAUGCGCCGCAAAACUAUGAGCCUGUGAACCAAGAGGCGGCCGGUCACAACAAUGAGGAGCCAUGGGCUGAAGAUGAUGAUGAGGAGGAGGAGCAUAGUUUCGUGGUUUUCGAUGACUCCUUCAGUAUCCUCAACCUGGAUGCCCUGUCGCCCGAAGCGCAAGCUCGCUUCACAACCAUCCAGUCUGACGAAGACGACCACCAAGAUGGCCCCCCGAGGAAGAAGGCCAGAACCAGCGGCUGCCCAGCGCGACCCAAGUCCCAGGGAGAAUCCCAGCAUCACUCUGCUGUCCCUCAACAAAGCGACAACAUGACGGUCAUCGACCAGGCUCGCAUCAUCUACGCCGACGGUAAUUUUCGUGUCGUCAACUGUGACCCAGCUGGUCCACAAGUCAAUAUUCGCUGGCGAGUUCCUGGCCAGCGAAACUUAUGGCUGUUGAGAAUCCCUCUGUCUUCUAUGGAGCGCUCUUUCGGCAGAAUCUUGGACUUGCUCCGACCUGAAGCUCCAGGUGACAUGCCUGCCUUUCACACAUAUGCAGCAACGCCCGAUGACGAGACCGUCUCUAUGAUCAUCAGCAGUAGCGGCAAACACAAUCAGAACCGUUUCGAGCGUGGUGGGGGCAUAGCUGUCCCAAGUGGUCCUGGGGAUGUUUCUGCGCUUGGUAGACUCUUGGGAUUUGAGGUCUUAGGAGGAUGA